AUGAGAUAUGCCGUACGAUUGGAGGAGACGGACACGUGGCAGGAAGUCAUUGGUGGGAUUGGAGCGGAGGAGUUGCGGCACUCCAGCAAUCACUGCCACUGCCUCCUCCUCCUCCUCCUCCUCCCUGCAGCCUUUCCUCCCGUAGCUUUUCCUCUUGCCUCCCUCACCCUUCCCCGCUGCAUUCCCUGCUAUUACCCUCUCAACCCUCUCAUCCCCACCUCCCUUUUCUCCCCCUUCCACUUUCGUGAUGCUCCUCUGACCUCCUCCCCCAUCCCUCCUCUCCUCGUCCUUCACUCCUUGGGGAUUCUCGAGCCUAGGAACAUCGGAGCGCGCGCCGCCAUCAUGUGGCACGAGGCGCGGCGGUCGGAGAAGCGCGUGCACGAGAUGAUGGACGCGGCGAAGAAGCGCGCCGAGCGGCUCGCGGAUCAGCGGUCUCGGCGCGCGGGGGAUCCGACGCAGCUGCUGCGCGUGGCGGGCACAAGCUCCGCCUGCCUGCACGACUCCGCCGUCUACCAGUCCGCGCAGGACCUCUCCGGCCUCAUUCCAUGGAACAACAGAGGGGACACACUCAUAGACAGGUAUGACGGGCGAGCCAUGCUGGAUUGCAUUCGGGAGUAUGAUCCGCACAGGCAUGGGGCGAGGGAGUUGACAGAGCAGCAAGAGGAGGAGGAGCGAUACCGGGAUCUCGUGCGAUUGGGCUGGCAUGCAAAGUCAGAGGAGGAGGGAUUGCAGCAGGUGGAGCGAGAGAUGGAGGCUAGAGCCCACGCUCAGCUCAAGGCCAACAGGCCAAAACUGCCUGCUGCUGCAGCAGCAUCCGCAGCAACACCAGCAGCAGGCAAGGGGGCUUAUGCUAACAUGCCAUUUUCGUAUGGUAGCAAUGACAUUAACGCAGGUGACUGUAACGAGGACGAGGAGGAAGAGGAUGAGGAGGACAAGGAGGAGGAAGAGGAGGGGGAUGGGGGUGAGGUGGGAGACGUGGAGGAAUACGGGUGGAUGUCUCCCAGUGGGCGGCAGCGUUUGGCAGACAUGGCGGAGCGGUUCGGCAUAGAGGAAUACGGGCGGCACUGCCUUGGAGAAAGAGAAGAGGCUCGCCCUUCACGCAAGGAGAGGAAGAAGCUUGCUCGGCAGGGGAAGGAAGGGGGAGCGCAGGGGAAGGGGGAGGGGAAGAAGCAGCAGGGGAAAGGGAAGGGAUGGAAGCAGCAGGGGUUGGUGCGGGUUGGGGGCCACACAGAGGGGCAGAGGGGGCACGAUGACAGAGGGAGGGACAGAGAGAGAGAAAGAGAUUGGGAUAGGGAUAGGGAGAGGAGAAGGGAAGGGGACAGGGAGCAGGAGAGGAGUAGGGAGAGGGAUAGGGGCAGGGGGGAAGAAGCAGGGGGAAGGGGGUCAAGAGGGGAUGGGGAGAAGGAGGGCGGGAUAGAGUUUAUCACUCAGUUUGGGGGGGGUGUGGGUGAGGAUGAGGGCUUUGGCAGGGAGAAGGAGAGGAGGAGAGGAGGGGAGGAGGAGAGGAGGAGAGGGGAGGAGGAGAGGAGGAGAGGGUACGGUGGAGAGCGGUUUGAGAAGGGUUCAAGUGGUGGAGAUUUCUUGGUUGGCUGCCCUUCACCUGCCUCUUCUAAGCAGUCCCCAGCUGUCAGCCGUCGCUUGCUUGCGCCAUCCUCACUACCUCGAGUGGCGGGGGCAGCAGGCAAGGGAGCAGAGGGAGGGGCGAAGGAGACCCCUCAGGAGAGGCUGAAGCGGCUGAUGGCAAAGCAGCUCAACAAACACAGUAGAUUGGUGAAGAAGGACACAGCAGCAGAGAAAGCGAAGAAGGAGGAGCAGGAGAGGUUGAAGCGAGCUAAGCUGGAGGAAACCCGGCGUGCUACUGCUAGGGAGGUGCAGUUGAUCCCUAAGGAAAACGACACCUCCAGCCUCAUUCAGGACCUGCACAACACUCUUCAGUUCGUGCAGGAUCAGCUCAAGAAGCAGGAGAAAAGCAUCUCUGUGCUUCAGACCCAGUACAGGGAGAUCCGGCGUGGAAACCUCUACCAGCCUGCUCCUGCAGCAGAGCGAGUCGCCAACGCCGCUAACAGCCGUGCUGCACCUGCUGAUACACCUCCUUCUGUUCCUCCUCCUACUGGAGCACGUGCUGAGCCUCCUACUGCAGCAGCAACUGCCUUUGGCUCCUGCCCUUCGGCCCUGCCUCGUUUUGUCCAUGGCAAGACCGACGUCGAGACUUGGCUCUCCAUUGCGGAGGACUUUAUGUCCAUCCACAAUGUGCGUAGCGAGGCUCGUGUGGUCGCUGCAACCCUUGCCCUGGACGACACUGCGAGCAAGUUGGUGUAUGCCAACAAGCGCCACGCAGAGGCUAAUGGCCAUCCUUUUGGCUGGGAGGAGUUCAAAGCUGCCAUGCUGGCGGCAUUCCUGAGUCAGCCCCCGGCGCUCGAGGUGCGUAGCCGCCUGGAGAACAUCCAGUGCGGUGACCAGCCUGUAUGCGAGUACGCCAAGGAGUUUGAGAAAACUCUGUCGCUGCUGAAGACUGCUCUUCCUGAGAGCGAGGUCAUCCACCAGUUCUUCAAGGGUCUCCCUGAGCACAUCAAGCGUGUGCAUGUUGUGCGCGGGGAGCACCAGUGGAGGACCUACAAGGAGUGCAAGGAGCAGGUCAUUGACACGGAUGUGAAUUUCCGUGCGUACAUGACUCACGCCCGUGCUCAGCAGCAGCCUAGUGCCGAAGGCCCUAGGGGGGGUGGUAACAGGACUCAGGCACACAGGGGCAGUGGCUCUUGGAAGAGGCCCUAUCAGCAGAAGGAGGAAUCCUCUGGGACUCAGUCCAAGAGGGCCCAUGCUGGGCCUGCCAAGGAUCCUCAGGAUGAGGAUAAGCCCCCGGCAGGCUGCCGCAUCUGUGGCAAGCUCGGGCACAAGUCCUAUCACUGCCGUUGGAGGAAGUCCGUCAAGAACUCCGGCAAGCCCAACCAGGGCAAGAAGCCGGAUGGUUCUGGCCCUUCGGGCCCGAAGGAUUUUCCGAAGUCCAACUAG